CAGCGCUGCCCUGUGCACGUGUCGACGGGGGCCGUACGAACGACGCCGGGACGGAGCACGUUACGCAUGAGCGCUGGACCCGGCCCUGAUUCGUGGCAUCCUGCCGCCGGUGGAGAUAGCCGCGUUCGCACGCAACACGAUCCUGUCGCGGCGCAAUCGGAUUCGCGACCUGGUCAGCACGGGGGUGCCGCGGCUCGGCGUCGGCCCGCUCGACCCGUACCAGCUCGGCGAAAUGCCUGUCAACUUCACCAUGGACGUGAUCGAGCUGGCUGGAAACAUCACGGAGGCGACGGCGCGCGGCCUCAGCGACCUACAGCUGCUGGACGCGGACGUGCACCUGCCCGGCCUGACGGUGGUGGCCGACGCGCGCAUCCCGCUCGUCACCGUCAACGGCCGCUACAGUCUGGACGGCUCCUUCAGCGGCCUGUUCCCGCUUACCGGCGCCGGCCCUCUGACGCUGAAGCUGAAGGACGUAGACAUCAAGCUGGUGGUGCAGGUCCGCCUCUACUACGACCGGCUGCACAUCACCCGCGUCGAUUUCACACUGGGCAUCGGCAACACCACGGUAAAUCUUGAGGGAUUCUUGAAAGAAUCUGGUUUUGGGGAUCUCGCCCAACAGUUCUUGGACAACAUGUCUGGUGACUUUCUACGCAACUUCAUCAAAACUUUCCGAGAGGAGAGACUUCCCUCAUUGGUUAUGCGAGGAAACAAGUUCCUGAGGGACUUCGAAUGGAGAACCAUGCUGCCCAAUUUUGUGGCGUUGUAUCUCGGAUUUGAUGACGACUCCGGGAGCUACCACCACGACUAUCUGCCCACCAUCACCAACAACCACCUGGUCGACCGCAUCAUAAGCCAGCUCAGCAACAACCUGCGCGGCAGGCGGGUCGGCCUGCCCAUGCAGGACAUCAUCGCCAGGAAAAAGGUUUUGUGGAAGUGGUUCAGAAACGGAGUCCAGCUUUUCCACGGCCAGCUGUUUGGUCUACAGAACAUGAAACGCGUCAGCAACGCUCUCAUCUCCCGGCACAAGGAGUAUUUUACAUUCACCAUUGAAAUCGGCGCCCACCAUCUUAAGGCAGCGUACAAGUCCCAGCUGGUUAUAAUGAACAAGCUGAAGAAGUUUGUGCUGUGGGCGUUUAUCUCAAAGCUGAAGCUACGUGUUCAGCUGCAGCUAGAUGCCGAAUACAUGGAACUCUACCUGACUGGCCUGGACAUCCUGCACAUUGGUGAAAUCCACUUGGAGCUGUCGGGACUGGGCCCACUCGACGCCGUCGCCACCAACCUGGCCGAGAGACAAAUCAACAAAGAGGUCUCAAAGCGCCUGCUGGCCCGGAUGACGGCUCGUGACGCGCGCGACGCCGUCGCCAAGCUGCUCAAGGACGUCGACCUGAACGCCGUGCUGGCGGAGACCAUCAAUGGCGAGGUGUACGCGCGCGAUCCGGGCAUCGUGUUUCCCGACCCCGAGCCCACCGGCAACGGCACCGACUUCAGCAGCCUGCUCGAAUCGGUGCUGGGAGCCGACAGCGACGGCGAAGACGGCGGCGGCGGCCUCGGCCCGCUCAUCGGCCUUCUCCUGGGCGCCGGCGACGACGACGACGACGACGGCAUGACGGGAGCGGCGGCGAGCGGCAACAUGACCGACGGCGAUGACGAACUGGCCGGCGUCGACCCGGAGAUCCUAGCCGCCUUCGGGCUGAGCGAUUCCGGCGGCGCCUCCGCCGGUGACAGCGACGCCACGACUGCGGCCCCCGCUGACGAACUUGCUGACGUCGACCCGGAGAUCCUGGCCGCCUUCGGGUUGACGAGCGAUUCCGGCGGCGCCUCCGCCGGUGACAGCGACGCCACGGCUGCGGCCCCCGCUGACGAACUUGCUGACGUCGAUCCUGAGAUCCUAGCCGCCUUUGGGCUGGGCUCAUCCAAUGUCGAGAAUCCGGCGCCGGCAACAGCACGUGAAGAAGGCACAUCAGCGGCGGAUGCGGACUCACUAGCUGGCGCCGACAUCAGGGCCCGUGUGCCAGAUGCCGACACAGGAGGCUCGCUUGCUGGCGUAGAUGCAGCAACGCGGGGAGCAUUUGGCCUAAGUCCAGAAGCUCCUGCCGCGGACGUAGCCGGUGUGGCCGCAGCGGAGACACCAGGAGGCGACCAGUCACCAGCGGAUUCAGACGCUUUGAGCGACGUCGACCCGGAAAUACUGGCCGCUUUCGGGCUGGACCCGGCUGAGCCUGCUGGAGGCGCCGGCGACGUCGCGGGGGCGCUGGACGGCGUCGUCGACGCAGACGGUGAGCUGGCGGCGACGGCGGCGGCCGGUGAGCUGCAGGAGCUGCUGAGGCUCGCGGGGGACUCGUCCGUGCUCGCCAUUGGCGACGGCGCUGACGCUACGGCCGGCACGUUCGGAGACAACGCGUUCUUCGACGAGCCGGGCACUGCCGCCGGUGAGCCGGCCGCCACUGAGGACAACAAUUCGUUUUUCUCCUCGAGGAGGAGGAGAGUCGGUUGACAUCCAGGAGUCGACGGCGGAAGUUGCCGUCCUAGCCGCUGACCUGUGAUCGACCGCUUUGCCGCGCCCGUACGCCCGACGUCGAGGCGGAUGUGCAGGGCCAGGACGAGUGGCCCGAGGCGGGUCGAGGACCAGGCACCGUCAAGUCACCCUCAGUCCGCCCGAGCGCCUAUGUCACAUGGCCCGACCUCGGGAGGUGGGCAGACGUUCCGGGUCAUCGUCUCGUGCGCGUCGUGAUGUGAUCAUGCUGAACAUCCUAUAAGAGGAGAGCGGAUUGCUCUGGUCGUGAUCUCUAUGCUCAAAUAGCGGAGGAUGUAGUGCCGUCUAGUACCAGAGCGGCGCCGAGCCGCUCUUUCGCUGUCCCGUUCAGCGUCUGCAAGGGCUUAAUCAAUGCCAGAUGCCAAAGACCCUCGCAUACCUGAGAGAAGCCCGUUCAAACAUGUGCCACAAAGCUAGCAAUAUGUUGUCGCGUCAGUGAAGGUUGUAGCGACGUCCCUGUCCAACGCGUUGUUCAUAGGUGAUCUGUCCAUUAUGAAAGGAUGCGGACAUUUCAGUGAUGUUUGCCAGGUGUGAAGGACUCGAGUCACCCGAUUGUCGCCCCAGCGCAUAGGGCGUUGUCAGGUGUAAGGGUGUUUACUGCUCAGCCCAUAUUACAGUGUCGAAGUGUACUGGUCAAGGAGUGUGGAACAGGGUUGGAAUAAACAUUAAUACAAGACGUACACCACA